AUGGAUGAAUUACCCAAACGUCAUCAUCGUUCGCCUGAAGAAGAAAUGUGUGAGAAGAUUUUUGUGGAGGGAUACGAGCGCACAGAAAGCGGCCGUUUUUGCGUUCCAAUUCCAAUUCAGCCAAAUGCUGUGCCACUGGGCGAAUCAAAAAAGCGUGCUUUGCGUACAUUGCGUUCAAUGGAAGCUAAAUUUGCUCGCAAGCCUGAAUUCCACCGCAAAUACGUCGAAUUUAUGCGUAAAUUGAUCGACAAAGGAAUCAUGGACCCAUUUACCGAUGUGAAUGAAAAUGCACCGCAUUAUUUUCUGCUGCAUCAUGGCAUUGAAAGCAAGAAGAAAAAACACCGUACGGUUUUCAACGGAUCAGCGCCUACUUCAUCCGAUGAGUCAUUCAAUGACAUUCAAAUGAAGGGUGAAAAAUUUCAGGAUAAUUUGGUCGACAUUCUGCUUCGCUUCCGAACGCAUCGCAUUGCUUUGGUUGGAGACAUCGAGCAAAUGUACCCUCAAGUAUUGGUAAAGGAAGAGUUUCAUCAGAUGCAAUUGGUUUUGUGGCGAGAAGAUACGAAUCAACCCAUCGUCACUUAUUGCCUGACCCGCGUUAUGUUCGGCAUGCGGUACGCCUUACACUCUGCUGUUCGUGCUUUGCAACAGGGUGCUAUCGAAGCUGCACACGAUUAUCCAAAUGCAUCGGCUGUUGCUCGCCGAGAUUUUUAUGUUGACGAUUGCAUGACUGGCGGCGAUUCUGCCGAAGAAGUCAUCGACCUGCGGGCACAACUACAAGAAAUGCUUCAAAAGUCGGGUUUUCCAAUUAAGAAAUGGAGUUCGAACAGUUUCAGCGUCAUGAGUUCCAUUCCUGAUAGCGAUUGGUGUUCAAAAACGCUCUUCGAAGAUUCUGAAACCGAAGAAAACUCCGUACUUGGUGUUGGUUGGGACGCAAUGCUCGACAAAUUGCAGUUUUUCGUCGACGAAAAUGCUUGGGCAGAACGGGUUACCAAAAGAACAGUCACCAGUGACGUUGCCAGAUUGUAUGAUCCGCUCGGUCUAUUGACUCCUGUCAUCACUCGGGGAAAAAUUUUCAUCCGAGAAUUGUGGAUCGCAAAUCUUGACUGGGAUGACAAAUUGCCCGACGAAAAAAGAAACCGUUGGCUUAUCUUCCGCGAGACUCUGAAGAAAGUAGAACUGGUAAGUGUUCCUCGAUGGAUGGGUUCAGUAAGCAACACCGAGCUCGAAUUACACGGAUUCUGCGACGCUUCUGGAUUGGCAUAUGCAGCGUCAAUUUACUACAAAGUCAAAGAUCCAUCUCGUGGCAUUCGAUGCGGCCUACUCACGUCAAAAUCUCGUGUUGCACCCGUACAAUCGGUUUCGAUACCGCGCCUCGAGCUAUGUGGCGCGCUAUUAGUAGCACAAUUGAUGAAAUCAGUGCACAAAGCGCUCGGUGAUCGGCAUAUCACCACCCAUUUUUGGUGUGACUCUCAAAUCGUUUUGCAUUGGAUUCACAAGGCCCCGUGUUUGUUCAAAGAAUUCGUUGCCAACCGAGUGUCGGAGGUUCAAGCGAUUACUCUAUCGAUCGGAGCCGUUUGGCAUUUUGUUCCAGGCGAAUGCAAUCCGGCAGAUAUUGCGUCUCGUGGCUGCGAUGCAGCAAACAUCAUCAACUUUGACCUCUGGUGGAACGGACCUAAAUGGUUGCCAUGGAGCAUAUUCGAUUGGCCUGCACAACCGGCAAGUUUGCCCGCUGCACUUCAGCCAGCAAUGCAGCAUGAACAAAAGGGAGCCACCGUUGCUGCGGUCACGGUAGAAGAGUCGUGGAUAUUGAACAAAUACGAAAAUGUUAGCCAAUUGAUUCUGGUUACUGCAUAUAUUUUGCGUUUCGUUCGAAAUUGUAAAGCUGCUGUAGCCGAACGCAAGAAAAAUGGUUUUGCCAAAUCAGUUGGUAUCGUACAGCCGCUAUCGCAAAUCCUCGAAGCUCUUCUACUCAAUCCGGUCACACGUGGAGAAAUCGCUGGAGCAGAAAAUUUUUGGAUUUUGCAAACUCAGGCGUCGGCAUACGCUGAAGAAUUGCAAUACCUCGCCAAUCGUACCGAGCUGAACAAAAAGAGUAAACUCGCCAAAUUAUGCCCAUUUUUGGACUUUGAUGGCAUUAUCAGAGUCGGCGGUCGUUUACAGAGUGCAAAUGCAUCAUAUGAUGAAAAGCAUCCAGUAAUUUUGCCCGGAAAUUCCACCUUCGUUCAAAUGCUGAUUCGCAGAGCUCACAUCACUCUCAUGCAUGGAGGUGCACAAUUGGUAACACGCUGUUUGCGGCAGAAGUAUUGGUUCAUCGGUGGUCGAAAUGCAAUUCGAAGCACCAUUUUUGAUUGCAUCGUAUGUAAAACGCAUCGCAAGAAAAAUGAGGGUCAACAAAUGGCACCGCUCGUACAGUCUCGCGUCAACAUUGUUGAGAGGCCUUUCACCGACAUCAGCAUCGACUAUGCUGGGCCAUUCGAACUGAAACGAUGGAGUGGGCGGUGCAAAACGAUGGUAAAAGCAUAUGUUUCAGUUUUCAUAUGCAUGGCCACCCGCGCAAUACAUUUGGAAUUAGUGCUCGACCUCACCACCGACGCCUUUAUCGAUGCAUACGAGCGCUUUGCAGCCAGACGCGGGCACUGUCGCUCAAUCCGAUCUGAUAAUGCGAAAAAUUAUGUCGGAGCAAAGAACAAACUCGAUCGAGUAUUGGAUGUAUGGAAUCAAAGCGCUCAAGCCAGCAUAUUGGCCAGUCGCGGCAUCGACUGGCAUUUCAUUAUGCCCCGAUCUCCAUCACAGGGCGGCAGCCACGAAGUAGCAGUCAAACUGUUCAAACAUCACCUCAAGCAUAUUGAAGGAUGUUUGAACUCACGACCAUUGGGAGUUUUGAACGAAGAUGCCGAUGACGAACUUGCGCUCACACCAGCUCAUUUUUUGGCUGGUAGUUCAUUUGAAUCGGUCCCUACCGAUUUGCCCAUCACCGAAAGCGGUACAUUGGCAACCAAAUGGCGCCAGUUGCAACAAAUUCAGCAACUAUUUUGGAAGCGAUGGCAAACCGAUUACAUCAAUUCACUUCAAGUUCGAAACAAAUGGCUAAACCCCAAAGAAAACAUUCAAGUCAACGAUAUCGUAGUGGUUUGCGAAGACAACAUGCCACCAGCUCAGUGGAGACUGGGCC